AUGCAGAAACCCAUCCGACAGCGCCGGGAAAAGGAAUCACACUGCCGCUGGCUGACAAGCGCUCUACCGAUCACAACCAUGCUUCGAUCGUACAAACUGUACCUGAUGCUGCUGGUCAGCUCGAUCUUUUUCCUCGUGUGCCAGAACCAGGGUUCGAUCACCAGUCUCGUUGGAAAUGGGGCGGCUGCAGCGAACGGACCGGACGACGAUUUGUCGGUUGGUCCGGAAGCGCUAGCUGCACCACUGCAGGGAGAUGUCGGAUUUGAGCUGCUGUACGGAGAUCCUUUGCCGGCGCUUGGGGAGAAGAUCCGCUCGAGAAGUCUCAAUUCUAAGGACGUUCCGUUGAAGCUCAGUGAUAGAUCUUCGUCCACUUCGGCGGCUACGAGCAGCUCGAGUGCUACGACGACGACCACUACCACGACAACAACGGCAGCCACGACAACGACCGCUAGGGUGACGUCCACCUCGACGACGACUACGGGCAAGAUGGUAAAGUCGGCAGAUGGCUCAUUGACCAUCGGAACCACUGAUCACGUGCCGUAUCGAUUUCCGGUGGACACGAAGGUGCUGCCCCCGCUGUACAUCAUCACGCCGACGUACCGCCGGCCGGAACAGAUACCGGAGCUCACCCGGCUCGGUUACACGCUGAAGCACGUGCAGAACCUCCUGUGGAUCGUGGUCGAAGAUUCGGAGAAUCGCACCGAACCCGUUGCCCGGUUGCUGAGCGAGAUUGGGGUCCCGUUUGUGCAGCUCGCUGCACCUAUGCCAGCACAGUAUCGCAAGCAGAAGGUCAAGCCUCGCGGUGUAUCUAAUCGUAAUCGAGCGCUACAGUGGAUCCGAGCCAAUGCAACGGAGGGAAUCCUUUAUUUUGCCGACGACGAUAACACCUACAAUCUGAAGCUCUUCGAACAGCUACGGCACGUACGCAAAGUGGCCAUGUUUCCGGUGGGUCUGAUUUCUAAGUACCAGGUCAGCUCACCGAUCGUGAAGAACGGCUCUAUUACGGGUUUCUACGAUGGCUGGUUGGGUGGCCGCAAGUAUCCACUGGAUAUGGCCGGCUUUGCAGUAUCGGUGAAGUUCCUGCAUUCUCGCCCGAAAGCCCAGAUGCCGUUCAAACCUGGCUAUGAGGAGGAUGGUUUCCUGCGCAGUCUCGAACCGCUCGAGCUGAAGGAGGUGGAACUGUUGGCAUCCAACUGCACCGAGAUUCUGACGUGGCACACGCAGGCGAGGAAAAAUCCACCCGCACCGGCGCUGGAUCGCAAGAAGUACGGUGGCACGAAUCUGGUACAGCUGACCGGGUGGCUCGUGUAGAAAGAGUGGAAUACGACCGGACAUUCGCUGAUGGUGCCGCGUUGGUUGAAGAAACUAUCCGUCUGGGUGUUUAGAGGAGGCCCAUAAAGAGCUCCGAGUCGUUGGAAGGAAUGGACAAAUCAGGAGCCGUACUGCGACGACGGUAUACGGGAGAAGACUAGGUUCCAAAAUGUGUCCUGCGUGUGUACGAAGCGGCUCCGUUGAUGUCUUUCCAUUGUGGGGCUACAGUUGGCGGCUCAAAUUUGAUGAGGAGUUGCGCCGGGCAGGCAGUAUAAUUGGUACUUAAGUCUCUCCGACGGUGCAGGUGUGUGUCGAUGCAUUAUUUGGCAAGCGCGCGGCCAACACCCAUUAUACCAUUCCACGCAUUGGUUCUCGCAAAUGCGUACGAACCGAACUGACACGCUCGAAACGCAGAGUAGGCAACUUUCCGCUGAGAAAGAAGCAACGCGAAAAUAUAGUAGGUAUGCAAAAGACGAAGCAAAACAUCAAGCAACACUGUCCCAUUUUAUUGAGAUUAGCGUAGGUUAGUAUAUGCACCAAAGAAGUGGCCAAAACUGAUCUAAAACCCAUUUGUCGAGAAAGGAAGCGAUUCUGUAGAUAUUACGUGUAGCGGUGGCAUAAUUUGCGCGAGGUCGUAUGAUGGUGGCUAGGGCGAGCAGAACUAGUGAAAAUCGAAGAAAGAUCAUUGGAUGGGUUUCUUUUGUUUACGACUUGGAACACACCGAAGGAGGAUCGAACGGGAGCGAACUUGAUUAGCAAGAUAUACAUCCUUUCUAUAUUAUAUCGUCCCUUCGUUUAACUCUUUGCGUUCAUUUGGCUAUUCGAAAAUAUGAUUCAAAUGGCAACCAUCCAACCGGAACGAAACUCUUCGUUCGACGCUCCCAUAAUCGUUAACAAGCGUAUACAUAGCCCGUAAAAUAUUCAACCUAUAUACACUUACAUACAUUCACGUUUCGCUAUGAACACUCGAGUAAAGGAUGAACAGAAUCCACAACCCAGUACCCCCAGGUGGGUUGGUCAUCGCCCACGUGUGUGGAGUGUUUUUAGAUAGUAACGUUUUUUAACAAAUUUCUAGUGAUUAGUCAGCGGUGUACCAGCGGUGGAUUUGAGAUCAAAGUUUGAAAGGAAAUUUUCUCACGCAUCUACGUCGUGAUCCCAAGGAGGUAUAUUUGUAAAUAUAGCGAUAUUCGAGGAUUCCUUUUUUUUUUCUUCAUCCCUAAGUUAAUGUAGGUAAGCGAUCGGUAUAUUGUUGCAAACAAGAUCUGUUUGGAAAAUAGUUUUAAUUGCCUUGCCAUCGCCAAACAUUCCCGUGCUAUCAGCGAGCGAAUGCAUUUGGAGCGAGAAGAGAAGAAAACGAAAAAUGAAAAACAAGAAAAAAGGCAAAUUGGGAUGAAAAUCUUACCAACUUACCGAACGUACCUUUUCCAGCAACGGUGUAAAGCAAUCAAUACUGAAAGCUUUUCGGUCUCCUGAAUUCAAGUUAACAGGAGCCAUAAACAUCUACAGACAUUAGCUAGCAGAGAAACUGCUUUCCAGGUUCCUUUCUCUCCUCUAAUAUGUAAGCGCAUAUGUUAAUGAACAAGAUAUUGAUAUCACAAUAUUAAAAAAAAAAAAAACAAGAGCAAAAUCUCUUUCGCAAACGAGCUUCUUCUGAUGUAAAACUAGCUGUUUAAUGACUAUCGAUCGUGAGUAGGAUAUUACUACUGCGUACUGCGUUUGUUCAUCUUUUCGUAUAAGUCUUGUGUAUUCAGUUCGAGAUAGUUCUGCGUACGAUUCCCUUUCUAAAGCUACUGAUAAAGCUUUCCAGCAUUCUUUCCAUAUCUCUACGUACAAAGCAGAAAGCCGACGAUCGUGUUUGGGCUUUACUCAACGCGAACAUUAGCUGUAUUAAAAAGGAUAUUCUCUUUUCUCAUCAGUAUGCGUUAAUUAAAAUAUUACACGUGAAACUACACCGUGAAAAAUCGUUCGUUUUAUAGAUGUUCCUGUGAAGGUCUGAAACUGGGCAUGCCGUGGAAGCAAGAAAAAGGAAGAAAUUUGUGAUCUUUAGCUGCAUUUGUAGGGGACUAGUGCACCAUUUCCGUGGGGCGUUUGAAAGUCCGUGUAGGAUAGGAUAGACUACCCCUGUGAAGGGGCAUUUGCAGAAUCGAUUCUGUGACGGUUGGAGGUAGGAACAAUUUGAAGAAACAUGUAAGAAGGUACAAUCGGCGACACACAGGCGACAUCCCCAAAAACUGAGAAACUGCAAAACAAAAUGGUACCGGUAUACAUCCAGUUCAGUGAUAAUCUUCUAUUUGGUUGUCGGGUGUGACUUUUGAAGGAGAGGAAACAAGAGAAAAACAAUAAACUUGACUUCUAUCU